UUCUCUCUGUAUUCCUCUUUUAGGGGUUUUCUUGGUGAUGUUUUUACGUCUCGUUUUCGGUUUUUGAUUUUCUACGAUGUUGAUUCUUUCGGUUAAAACCCGUUUCUCGGUUUUGUUUGAUAUUUAUUAGGUUUCUUUUCUAGAUUGUUUGUUUCCUAAGAAAAUAAAGGGGAACAAGUACGGAAAAAGAGAAAAGACUUCGUCGACUGAAGUUCCGUUCAGUUUGAGAAAACGAAAGAUCAUGGCUGAUUCGGAUAGUGAUUCUUGGGUUAUGGCAGAUAGUGAUUCUUGGGUCAUGGCAGAUAGUGAUUCUUGGGUCAUGGCAGAUUUGGAGAGUGACGAUCAGGAAAAGAUGGAAGUUGACUUUUGUUUAAUUAAAAUUGAAGAUGAUUCAGAAUCGGGUGCUGAGGAAAGUUCAGACGAGCUUCCGAUAUUGUCAUUCAAGUCCACACCUGAGAGUCCAGAGGCCUAUGCCAGAUCCCCCAUGCUUACAAACAUGAAGAAGGAAGUGCGCAUAGAAGAUGUUUUGAGGGACCAUGUUCUUCAUUUUCUUCCUGCAAAAACACUCUGUAAGUUCAGAACUGUUUCCAGAGGAUGGGAUCAGUGGAUAAGCAGUCCAUUUUUUGCCCACAUACAAACUACUUACUUCAAAAACAUUUCUGGUCUCUUUUUUCAACUCCCUGGUGAAGAUCCUUCCUUCAUCUCAUUUAAUCAAGAUGCAUAUGGCAUGCCUGAUCCCUCUCUGAAGUUCUUGCCUGAGCCUGUCAAUAUCAGAACCUCUUGCAAUGGUCUGCUUUGUUGCCAAAGUGUCGGGGACAAUGUCUACUACAUUUGCAACCCUGUGACCAAGCAAUGGAAAAUGCUUCCCAGGCCAAACAUGUACCAUGGAGCUGAGGCAGCCAUGGUACUUGUUUUUGAACCACAUCCGUUGAACUUUAAUGAAACUUAUGAGCUUGUCUGUGCUGUCACUUUUCCUGAUCAUCCGGUUGUCUAUUUUGAGAUUUACUCAUCAAGGUCAAGCUCCUGGAGAGUCUCUGACACCAUAUGCUGUGAGCUUGAUUGUUUGGAUCUGCUUAGUGGUGGGUACUACAUGAAGGGAGUUGUCUAUUGGAAAGCCUCUUCUGGUGUCAUCCUGGCUUUUAAUUUGAGGAAUGAGCAAUAUGGGAUUCUACCACUUCCUCUCAGCAGUAGAGAAUAUGGUGCUUUAACUGUGAUGCAUGGGGAGUUGUGUUACAUUCUGCCUUGUCUUAUAUUUGAUAAGUACAAUAUAUACAUUUAUGGGAAUAUGGAUAUGAGGCUCAAGACUGUACUACAAUUUACUUGUGAUGAUGUGGGGAGCACAUAUGGUGUCUGCAGGGCUUUGCCUGGUGCUAAUGAUGACAUUCUGAUGCUUGUACUUGGGACAAGGGUGAUUGCUUAUCAUGUGAGAGAACAGAAGUUGGAAGUGAUAUGCACAAUGACAGCUGAUUCAUGUACUGGGUAUCUUCCGUAUGUGAACAGCCUCGUAUCAGUGAGGGAUCCGAUGGUUGGAGUAUCGGCUUAAUUGUCUGUACAGUUCCUCUUCAAAGUCUCUUGUAAAUGUGUCAUCUGUUGGUUAAAAUAUGAGGUUACUGAGAUACAUACUUAACCAAGCCUCACCUUUGCUGGUAUCUUAAUACUUUUUCGUUCUCUUAAAUUAUUGAGGUUGUUUGAUCUUGUAACUGAAAACUUCUGAAGUUCUUGCUUUGAAACUUAAUACUUGUAAGCUUUGUCAAGGAACUUCGCAUUUGGAAGCUAGUGAUAUGGUUGCUACUUUGCAACAAGAAUGGCAUUUUCUUUGAUAUCAUUGGUU